AUGAACUAUUUUCGCAUUGUUUUGGUGGACUAGUUAAUCAGGCAGUGCUUGUCAGUUGGCCGUAAAGCAGGAGGCAGCGGUCAUUUUUACGACUGCGGUGUGAUGUUAUCGUAACGUCAGAAAAUGUGUCGGUAAAUAAAGGUUUAACUUUGACUGGUAAUGUCGAGAACAGUUCGAUUGCUCUUCUUUUCAUCUAUAUUUGCGGUUGUUAUAUGUGUAUAAGAUAAUUGAAUAAUAGAACACGGCUUGAUGAACAAUUCUAGCAAAGAUGUCAAUAGAUAGUGACAUAGCUAAAGCUAACUAGCUAGCUGUUGUUAGCUGUAUUCUUACAUUGUGCAAAGAAAAGCUCUCUUUUAGCGUAACGAAAUUUAUCCACCGAGACUUCACUAGGUGACCAUAUGCAUUAAACUGCAGCCUGAGCUGCGUGUUGGGUCAGUGUGUCGCCUUGGCACUGACAGCUCGAUUCAUGUAAAAUGUCAGCGCAAAAAGACUGCGAGUUUUUGGUGAAAAGAGCCCGGGAGCUGGUCUCUGAUGAUCCCUGUGCGGCCAAAGCCUGGCUCAUAACAGCCAGGACCCUAUACCCCGCAGACUUCAACAUACAGUAUGAAAUGUACAUCAUUGAACGCAAUGCAGAGAGGACCGCUUCUGCUGGGAGACUCCUGUAUGACAUGUUUAUAAACUUCCCAGAUCAGCCCACUGUUUGGCGGGAGAUCAGCGUCAUUACAGCUGCCCUGCGCAGUGACUCUCAGGACAAGCAUGCACAGUUUCUGCGAGGGCUCUUUGAGACACUGCCAGGCCGUGUGCAGUGUGAAAUGCUGCUGAAAGCCACAGAGCAGUGUUUCAACACUUUGGAGAAAGCAGAGAUGCUGCUGCUCCUUCUGAAACGCUUUCCAGAGUCUGUGGUCCAGCACGGGGUCAAUUUAGGAGAGACAUUGUUGGAGGCAGAGGUGUCGGAGAACGUGGAGACUCCUGUCAACUGCUUCAGAAAACUCUUUGUGUGUGAUGUCCUUCCUUUGGUCAUUAACAACAUGGACAUGCGCUUGCCAGCCAGCCUGAUGCAGAAGUACAUGCUGAAAGCAGCUGAAUUCUAUAUUGGUUAUGUUACUCGUGGACCCUCCCCUGAUGUACAGAUACAAGGCUCUCAAGAAGCUGGGUCUCUGAAGUCACCUAAUGUGUCCCGUGGCUCCCAGCGUUAUGUGAUUGAUGGCCUGUCGGAAAAGUCUUCAGUAGUAGCAGAGCCUUGGGAGAGGCUGUUGGAUAUCCUGGCUGUGGUUGGAGCUCGCUGCGAGUGGCAGGGAGACAAGGGACAGAGAAGUUACGUGGACAUGCUGCUGAGACUGAAGGAGCUGUGUCGCUACCUGCCUGGUCUGGAAGGAGACACGCGGUCCCGCUGCUGCAGUCAAGUCGUCAUCUGUGCUGCGCUCGUCCUCUUCCGCAGCGCCUUUCUCUAUAUGUCAUCUGUACAGCCUGCACUAUUCCAGGGCGUGAAUGCGCUGAGUUCGGGGCCGUGGAUCCUCAUAGAGGAUUUGAGCUCAGUGUACAACGAUGUGGAGGUGGAGAGGGGAGCAGUGAAGCAUGCACAUAAGAAACGUAAACUGGCUGAUGGGAGAGAGAAGACUAUGAGCUCAGAUGAUGAGGACGGGUUGGGGAAAGGCCGCGGUCGACACAUUUUAGUGAACAAGACUGAGAUGCCCAGUUGGUCUGAGACUCUGGAGAACUUCCGCACAGCGAGGGAGAGCUGGGAUCUCCUUCACUCCCACGACGGCCUGGAAACUGAGUUCAAGAAGAUCUGUGCCUCAUGGAAGACAGACGGCUGGCUGUGGUUCAGAAUAUUCCUCACUGACAUGAUCAUAUACCAGGGACAGUACCGUAAGGCCCUCUCCAGCCUGCACCAGAUGGCUGCAGUGCUGCAGCCUCAGCCUGGGCAGCAGAGCCCCUCAGGUCAGGCCAGUCUGGAGCACCACAGGGCCCUCAUACAGCAGGCCUCCUGCCACUAUGCACUGGGAGAGUACAGGAUGGCCUGUGAGAAGCUGCUCGAUGUUGUUGGUGGGCUGGUACCCCCAAACCAAGAACCAACGAAGACCCCAGAAGAUCAGGGUAGAGUCAAGACCAAAACGAGGAAAGGUAAUGACCUGAGAUUGCUUCCCUGCACCAGCAAAGCUGUGUUGCCUUUCUGUCUCCAGCUCAUGCUGGCCUGCUUCAAGCUUCGUGCCUUCACAGACAACCGUGACGACCUGUCCCUCGGUCACGUGGUGGUGCUUCUGCAGUACGACUGGCCACACGGCGAGAUGCUGUUUUUAAAGGCAGUGGAUAAAAUCUGUCAGCAAGGCAGUUUCCAGUAUGAGAAUUUCUUCAACUAUGUCACCAACAUUGACAUGCUGGAGGAGUUUGCAUACCUGCGUACUCCAGAAGGAGGGAGGAUUCAACUGGAGCUGCUCCCCAAUCAGGGAAUGUUGAUCAAACACCACACAGUGACUCGUGGAAUCACCAAAGGAGUGAAAGAGGAUUUCCGUCUGGCCAUGGAGAGGCAGGUGUCGCGCUGUGGAGAGAACCUGCUGAAUGUGCUUCACCGUUUCUGCAUCAAUGAGAAAAUCAUCAUCAUACAGUCUCUUCCUUGACAACUGGCCUGUGGAUUUUGAA